AUGACUGUAUUUGGAAAUGUUAAUGUCAAUAUACAAGAAGCUGAAGCUAAAGCUAAAACUGCAAUGAAAAAUUCAGAUGAUGACCCUUAUGAUGAAGAUGCUCUAAAAUCACUAGUGGAAGCUCAAAAUGAAUUAUCAAGCAGAGAAGUUCAACAUAAUACUUUAUUGAGGCAGAAAUCAAGGAUUAAAUGGGUCAAGGAAGGUUCAGCCAAUACAAACUUCUUUCACACAAAUAUGAAGAUAAGGCAAUCCAUCAGUCAAGUAAGUGAAUUAGAAGAUGUAAAUGGCAAUAUCAUUAUUGAUCAAGAAAAAAUAUCAUCUGAACUUGUUAACUUCUUUGAAAAAAGAUUUCAGUUCAAGGAAGUGAACAUAGUGGAGAAACUACUUGAUGUAAUUCCUCAGUUAAUAACUGUUGAAGAUCAACAUAUGCUUGACUCUACUCCUACAGCUGAAGAAAUAAAAGAAACAACUUUUUCAAUAGAUUCAGGCAGCUCACCUGGUCCAGAUGGCUACCCUGGAAUCUUUUAUAAAACUUGUUGGGAUAUCAUCCAAAAUGAUCUUGUGGCUGCAAUUCAAUUUUGCUGGAACAAAAAAUUUAUACCAAAGGGUUUGAACUCCAGUUUUCUUGUUCUUCUGCCAAAAUGUCAAGGUGCAAAAAAUGUUGCUCAAUUUAGGCCCAUUGGGUUAAGCAAUGUCAGUUUCAAGAUUAUUACCAAACUAAUUACUUCAAGGAUGAGUAAAUUAAUUGUAAAGCUUGUAUCUCCUCAAUAA